UUGACCCGGAAGGCUUCAGAAAUCAAUCAUUACAAACUCUUCUACAUUGAUCUACCUGUCGAGUUCGGUUUCAGUUUCUUCAAGGAGGCGCAGCUGCAAAAAUUUGGACAAGUCCAUGCGUUUGUUGAUACCCACAGGAGACUGGUAGUGGGAUGUUCUAUUUGCAAUCAGUUUUCGCUCAUGCCACUGCGCUGUAACUCACCUCGCACACAUCUCAUCCACCCAAUAAGUUUUUCACUGAUAUGCAGGGUAGAGACAUGGGUGACAUAAUGAGUCGGGGUAAAGGAAUGGCUAUACUCCUACGCUACCAGUGUGGGCUCGCCGUGUCCAACCCGUACCAUUUCUCCGUCAAACGCGAAUCUCUACCACAUGCACACAUGUACUUCCUUUGUAGAUGGUUUGCAUGCGCUAAACGAGAGCGAGAAGAAAAAUAAUGAAACAGAGAUUAGGCUAGGCAAUCGCGUAGCGUAAUAGAUGGUCUACGUUUCCAUGUUGUAAACCAACCUGGCUUGAAUAGAGCUAAGCAACAGUGGAUUGUGUGAGUUCCUGCAUCACACACAAACACAACAAAAGAGAACGUGGACGCGCGUUCUGAAACUUGUAUGACAGUUUUGCGCCUCGUUAGCCUUGUAGUGGCCGGUAUAUCUGACGAGGAAAGGGAGGCCUGAUUUGCAUCUAAAGAGCAUUGAGCACCUAGAAAGUACUGCCUAUCGCGCUAAGCAUUAGACCCUGUGUUUUGCCAGCUUUAGUCGGUUUUCUACGUUUACCGUUGGACAUCAAUCCUCCCAAUUCUUGUAUAUGUUGGUUUGCGACGAGGUUACUUGAUGAAUGCCGAAUUAACGGGCCGGUGUUUUGUUCCUUCAAUAUUGAUCGUCAUGCGC